AUGUCACUCUUUAAGAAGACUUAUGGGUCCAAUAUUAAGUAUCACCAUGCCCGUAGAGGGAAAGAAGCUGUAUUUGAAGAUCAAUAUGGUGACGACGAGAAGUCGUAUAGCGAUUUAAAUUGGUAUGUGAAAGCCAUUGAGCUAACUAAUCCUGAUAGCUUUGUGAAACUUGAAGUUGAUGAAGAAACUGGAAUAUUUAAGCGGAUUUUCAUCUGUUUCGGUGCUUGCAAGCAUAGCCAUAGGUAUCUCAGGCCCAUGAUUUACUUGGACGCUACUUUCCUCAUUGGUAGAUUCAGGGGUACUUUGAUGGCUGCAUCAUGUGUCAAUGGAAAUGAUGGUUUUUACCCAUAUCCCUUUGCUAUUGUUUUAUCUGAAAACAAAGACAAUUGGUUUUGGUUUCUGGAUAAUCUUCAACAAGUGGUCGAUGAUCGUCCGGUUGUUUUCCUUAGUGAUCGUCACGAAGGACUUCUGCAGGGCAUUCCAAGAGCAUUUCCUAGUUCAUAUCACAGCUAUUGCUUUUACCACAUAAAGUGCAAUCUCCCUAUUGGAAAAGGUGAUGCGAAUUACAAUGUCGUUAUUGAUUUGUUUUACAAAUCUGCUUACUCUUACACGGCAGCGAACUUUGAAGAAGCUUUGCGGGGCAUGCAUGCAAUUGGUUGUGGACAUGUUGGUAAUUAUCUCAGGACCAUUCCAAAGGAGAAAUGGGCAAAUGCAUUUUUCCUUGUAUGCAGAUAUGCUGCUCACUCUUCAUAUAUUGCCGAGUCAUUCAAUAACUGGUUUCUUGAGUUCAAAAAGCUGCCUGCUUUUGCUCUUCUCGAUGCGAUACGUUUGAAGGUUAUGCAGAUGAAUUCUAAGAGAAGGGUAGAAGGUCUUGAAAAUUUUAACACUAGGCUCACUCCCGUAUACGAGGAUUUACUAAACGAGAACAUCAACAUUGGUCGUACUUGGACUGUUGUUGAGUCUAUGGAAAGAUUGUAUGAAGUCAGGUCUCCCCGCACUCAUUCUGUAGAUCUGUUGGAGAGAACUUGUACGUGUCACAGGUGGCAAGUAAAUGGUUUUCCCUGCGCACAUGCUUGUUCUUCCAUUAAAUCUACAAGGGAGGACAUCUAUUCAUUUGUUGAGCCAUACUUCACCAAUGAAUGGUACAACAGGACAUACCAAGAGAUCAUCUUGCCAAUCCCCAAUUAUGACAAGCCGCAGUCUUAUGAUCCAAGUGAUAGGAUUAUUGUUCCUAUUCCUGUGCCUCCACCCGGUAGACGAAGAUAA